CCCUGUUUAACCGUGCAGGAAUAAACUUCCCCAAUUUUUAUACAAAUCAGAAGGAAAGUUUGAUUAAUAUGCAACUUUCAGAAAUAUCAUGGGGCACAUUCUCCCUUCUCUAUUUUGUGUUUUUAACGUGUGACAGGUGCUCGCAAGUUGAUUAUUAAACUUAAGUCAUGGACGAGGACCGCCUAGAGGAAUGUGACAACACAAACUCUUUUGAGAAAUUUGGGAACGCAUGCUCAAAUGCGAGACACCUGCAGUCGGAUUUACCCCACUCUCACUGUCCACCUUUAGUCGGACCGAGUGGAAUAGAUGAUAAUGCCCACCUUCACAGUGACUCUUGUUCAAGAGGAGAACAAAUGUGCAUGGAUGCUAAUGGAGUUUUGUGCACUGUCAGCAGUGACUCUUGCAGUUCUAAAGGGACCCCAGACACUGGAAGGUUAAUUCUUCACUCAUCAUCAAAAAUUUUGAUGAAUGCAAUGACGGCUGAUGACUACAAAAGAACAUAUUGGCCAAAACUGGAGAGAGCCAUUGAACACUUGCUAACAAGAAGCCCAAUGGAUCAUAUCUCCAUUUCUUACGAACAGAUAUACAGUCAUGUGUAUAAGUGUGUUUGUCAGCAACACUCAGAUCUACUAUACAGUGACUUGAUAUGGAAGAUAACUUGCCAUCUCAAACAAGUUUCCACAGAACUACAGGGCAGCCCAAGUGAGAGUUUCAUCGAAAACUUCAACCUUGCUCUGACCCAGUACACAGCAGCACUUCAGUGUAUUGUUCCUGUAUUCAUAUACAUGAACAAGUUCUAUGUUGAAACCAAACUUCACAGGGACAUGCAAGUGGACCUUAUGAAGCUCUUCUCCGACCAUGUUGCUGAAAAACACCUGAAUACAUUAAUUCCCCUUCUCCAAAAAGCUCAUUACAUGCCCUUUCAAGUCAAACCAUCAACAAUGGCAAGUGUGGUUAAAGGACUUUACGCUCUUAAACCAGACUGGGCACUCUUAGCCCCAGCUCUUUUUUCCAGAUUCAUUCCUCAAAUCCACCCCCCCGCCCAGGAAUCUCAGCUCCCCGAUUAUGCAGCUCAAGAUCAGGAACUUCAAAUGGCACUCACUCAAACUGGCUUCUCCAGAGGUGACCAGUUACGCAAGAGAGCAUGCGAGGACUACUGAAUCUGGAAGUUGUUCUCCCCACACUCCAAUAUCUAUGAAUAAAAUCUGACUCUGUGAUUAUUAAGCAGGGUGCACACAUUUUUAAUCCUUAACUAUAUACAAACCACUUUCUUUAAUCUGUAAUAAAGUUGAAAAAGGUUUUUUUCCACGUUUUCUGACUUAUUUGGACAUUUUAUGUAUACCAUUUACAGUAAAAGCUCAUUUA